CGCUUGGCAAUAGCCGAAAAAGCCCUGAAGUGUGAAGAGCAUGAUGUGAACCUGCCGCUGAGUGAGCACAACGAGCCGUGGUUCAUGCGCUUAAAUUCCUCUGGAGAAGUACCGGUCCUGAUCCAUGGGGAAAACAUCAUUUGUGAGGCGACGCAGAUUAUCGAUUACCUUGAAGCAACGUUUGUAGAUGAGGAAGUACCAAAAUUAAUGCCAGAAGAAGGGAGCAUGUAUUAUCCAAGGGUGCAACACUAUAGAGAGCUUUUAGAUUCCUUGCCUAUGGAUGCCUACACGCAUGGCUGCAUCCUGCACCCCGAGUUAACAGUGGACUCCAUGAUUCCCGCCUAUGCUACCAGCAGAAUUCGUAGCCAAAUAAGUAACACAGAAUCAGAGUUGAAGAAACUUGCAGAAGAAAAUCCAGACCUUCAGGAUGCCUAUAUAGCAAAACAGAAGCGCCUUAAAUCUAAACUGCUGGAUCAUGAUAAUAUAAAAUAUCUAAAGAAAAUACUGGAUGAACUGGAAAAAGUUUUGGAUCAGGUUGAGACUGAAUUGCAGCGGCGGAAUGAGGAAACACCAGAAGAUGAAAACCCGCCUUGGCUCUGUGGUGAUUUCUUCAGUCUGGCAGAUGUAUCACUUGCUGUCACAUUACAUCGCCUGAAGUUUCUGGGAUUAGCAAGAAGAAACUGGGGAAAUGGAAAACGGCCCAACUUGGAAGCCUAUUAUGAGCGUGUCUUGAAGAGAAAAGCGUUUUGCAAAGUUUUAGGACACGUCAACAAUAUAUUAAUCUCAGCUGUUCUGCCAACAGCGUUCCGUGUGGCCAAGAAAAGGGCGCCCAGGGUUCUUGGCACCACCCUGCUGGUCAGCAUGCUGGCGGGAAUCGGUUAUCUUGCUUUCAUAUGUCUUCGGAAGAGGUUUGCCAACGUGAUGUUAUCAAUUAGAACCAGGCAAAAUUAUUUUUAGACCCGUCUGUCCCUGGUGGUGAGUGGAGGGCAUCUCUACUGCCCAGGAAAAUAUCUCCAAUAAAAUAUAAACAUAAAAGAAAGGUUAUGUCUGUUAAUUAGAACAUUGUCACACAGUAAUCAUCUCCUGCUGUUGUAUAAUUGGAUUGGCAAUGCCAAUAUAUUUGUGGAAAAUACAUGUUGGGGUGACAACAAAGGAAAGAAGAGACUUUAUUUCAGGUGAGGACCUGUAAGGGCUGUGACAGUGCUUUGUUAAAGUGGUUAUUGUCUCCUUUAUCCAGUAGCUGACCUAAUUAUAAUGCUUUUAUUUAGUAGAUAUGCAGCAAUGUGACAACUUUUCACUGUGGGUGAAAUGCAUUACUGUGUAGAAAUCAGCAUUGUUGCAAUACUGAAAAUAGCACUUUAAA